AUGGCCGAACAAGCCGCCUUCACAUUCCUGCCCCUCGGCGCCAUCAUCCAAGAAUUCCGCGUCGGCGAUCGCAAUAUUGUCCUAGGCUUCCCCACGCAGGAGGACUACGUCAAGCAUAACACCCCGCACUACGGCGCAACCAUCGGGCGCGUUGCCAAUCGCAUUAAAGAUGGAAUCAUCCAGAAUCUGAAUGGGGAGCCCGUGCGUCUGACGCAGAAUAACGGGCCCAAUGCCCUCCACGGGGGUGAGAAGGGUUGGGGGAAACGGGUGUUUGACGGCCCGCACACGGUGAAGCGGCAGGGUCGGGACGCCUUGCUGUUCAAGUAUCUUCAUCGGGAUGGGGAGGAGGGGUAUCCUGGGACCGUGGAGGUGCGCGUGUGGUACACCGCUAGCAAGGAGGGGGACGCUAAGACCGUGCUGACGGCCGAGUACGAGGUUGAGUUUGUUGGCGAGGAGUGUGAUGAGACUGUGGUCAAUCUCACCAACCACAGCUACUUCAACAUCGGCGACGGCCCUGAUAUCUCAGGCACCACCGCACAGCUCGCAACAGCCGACUACCUCCCACUAGACGACACCGGCAUCCCUACCGGCGGAACCGCCAAGUUCCCACGAGAUGUGACCACCCCCUUCACGCUCAGCGCAACAGGAGCCCACAUCGACGACGUCUUCGUCCUCGAGCCCGACGCCAGCAAAGUACCCCUCGACACCCGGGGACUCCCCCUGCGCCGUCUCGCGCAAUUCCACAACGGGAAGACAAACCUGCACCUCGAAGUGCACAGCACCGAGCCGGCCUUCCAGUUCUACACGGGCAAGUACAUCGACGUGCCGUCGAUCAACGGCGCGCCGGCACACGGCGAGGGCGCCGGGUUCUGUGUGGAGCCGAGCCGAUUCGUGAACGCGAUCAACGAACCGGAGUGGCGGUCGAUGGUGCUUUUGAAGAGGGGCCAGAUCUUUGGAUGUAAGAAUGUUUACAAAGCCUGGAAGGAGUAA